UCUGUCAAAUCUCAUGAAAACUUUAUUCAAUGUUUCGGUAUUAGCCAAAAACCAGGGACUAGAGAGUAUAUAAUGGUUUUACAGUAUCCCGACGAAGGAAACCUGAGAGAAUACUUGCAGAAAAACGCCAAUAGGCUUGAUUGGAACGAUAAAAUUUCCAUUGGUUUGCAAAUUGCCACCGGACUCAAAUUUAUGCAUGAUCAUAACAAAGUGCACGGGGCCUUG